GGAAAAGGUCAAAACGCGCAUGUCUGGUCCACCUAUCAUUGUGUGGUACCCACUCCUCCACCAUAGCUCUCAUAUCUUUCCAGUCCCUCGUUUGUCCUCUGCCCCCAUCCCAUCCGACCGUCUUCAACCUACCCACCUCCUGCCACUGGGAGCAUUCAUGAGUAGCUUGUCCGAUGUAGGCGAUACUCGGCAGAUCAUCUACUGGAUCAUGGCUGCGCUCAUAGCCAUGGUAGCCGAAUAUGUCUAUAUGCUUCCGACAGAGGCCCGCUACGUGUGGCCUAAGGUCUUCACGAAACAAGUGCAUCGGCUCAAGGUCUAUAUGCUCGUUAGGUAUACGGGUAUGCUCGCUCAAGGUUUCAACUUGUAUAUCUCAACAAGAAUGGUAGCCGGCACACACACGAGCCCGGGGACGUGCCAGGCUUUGUACUGGUACCAGGCCGUCUCAUUGGGUGUCGUUAAUGUUACCGCAAUUGUGCUCGUGAUGAACAGAAAUUCAGUUUAUUAUCUUUUCAACAAGGAAAACUUUGUUUCAUGGUGUUUUCUCAUCAUUGGCGCUAUCAGUGCUGCAUCCAUGGGAGUCAGUGCCCGCAUCUCCUUCCCACAUGCGCGGCUGUCCAAGUCGUGUCUCAUCGAAGAGGCCCACCCCGGCGCGUUGGUGUACAUGGCCACGAAUCUCACGAUCAUCAUUAUCCUCCAGUCGUUCUCUGUGUGGCGCCUUGUACGCAACCCGUAUGGAGAUGACGAGCUUGCCAGGAUUUUACGGAGGGAUGUCAAUAUAUGCGGUGCCGCCCUGGGAGUCGUCAUGAUCCUGAUGAUACUUUGUUGUACUGGAGCCAUCCGCUCUGUGCAGGUGACGAAUGCUGGUCAUAGCUGGCUAUUUUUCAUUCUCUGGUGGAUGUCCGGCAGACUCGAGCUCCACGUUCAACGCUACCUGGGAAAGCGACUACAAGCGCAAGGUGGCCAAGAACAACCUCAAGAGCUUGACACGGUCAUCGAGUUCGAAGACGACGAGUCAAUGUUCUCUCGAAGUCGCCCUUCGUCUGUGGCUGUUUCGCAUCGUGCAAGUUCCACCGAAGCCACCGAUCCUGAAUCUGCUUGUCCGAGUCCUACCGUCGCUGUACCACCCAAGGCCGUGCUAAGGUUAGACAUGAGCUGACAAGAACUUGUUGCGCUGAUUUGCCUCGCACUUCUCUAUAUACUACGUUGUUUACAACUUUUUUGGUGUGUUUAUAUUCACCUAAUCCAUUCGUUUGUUU